UAAUGUGCUCAACUUUUGCUAGGCGGCGCAAGUAGUAACUCUAUGACAGAUUUUAUUUGGUGCAUAAAAUUUCAUGGCGUGAUUCAGUUUCAAGCUCUAAAUUGUUUGUUUUUCGAAACUUUUAUUUUUGAAAAGUUUUUAAAAAUCAAAAUUAAUAACGAAAAAAGUGCACAAACAAGUAUUUGUGAAAUUAAAUCACAAAAUUACUAAAUCCGUGACGUAAACAGUCCAAACACAAACCAAACAGUCUACCGAAAUGCCUAGAAAUUGUUGUGUCCCCCAAUGUUCUAAUGUAUUCAAGAAAGGAAGUGGGCUUAAAUGCCAUGAAUUUCCAAAAGACGUGAAAAGAAAAUCGAAAUGGAUUAACGCCAUCAAAAUUGGUCGCCGGCCUUCUUCAAGAAUGGUAGUUUGUGGAGAGCAUUUUGACGCGAGCGACUAUUUCACAUCUCAGUCUAGAAUUAGUCAGCUCUUAAAAGCAAAAGCAUUUCCACAUCUUAAGCUGCCGACCACUACAUUGCAACGAUUAAGUGCACCGAAGAAAGAAAGACGUGUAUUGAAACGCCAAGUCGUUGACCGUGUUGACCAAGUUGAUGAUAUUCCGAUGGAAUAUUCCGAAGUGGAAAUGGAACAGGAACUGCAGAUGAAUGAGGAAUGCUGCCAAACAAGUGAACUGGAAUUCGAAGAUAAAUUCUGCCAAACAACGGAACUGGAAUUCGAAGAUAAAUUCUGCCAAACAACGGAACUGGAAUUCGAAGAUAAAUUCUGCCAAACAACGCAAUGCCGACGUGCUGACGUUGAUACUCAAACACCAAAGAUCAGCACAGAAACGCAUGCCACCCAGACAUUCACUCAAAGACUCAUCGAUUUCCAAUCAUUGAGCGACAACGACAUUAAGUAUUUGACCGGUUUGGAUCGGCCACGUUUCGAAGUGGUGUUUCAAAUGUUGGAAAAGUUUAAUCCAAUCAGCGACAACAACAAAUUUUGCAGACGUGAGGCUUUGGUAUUGAUGCUGUUCAAAAUUCGUCAUAAUUUGGACUACAAGAUGAUGGAAUUCAUAUUCAAAGUCAACAGGCAAGAUAUUUCAGCCAAUUUUAAAGAGGUCACAGAGAAACUUUACGAUGUUUUGCGUCAAGUGAAUAUUUGGGAUACAUCAUACAUUAACUGUCAGUGCUACCGAUGCAUAUUAGAUUGCACUGAAAUAUUUGUGGUCCGAGUCGAAGAUCCCAAUACCCAUCAACUGACAUUCUCAUCUUACAAACAUCGGCCAACUUUCAAAGUGUUAGUCUCUUGCGAUGAACGAGGAGCAGUCAAUUUCAUUUCCGAUUUGUUUGUCGGAUCGAUUUCAGACAGAGAAAUCAUUAUCAAAAGUGGCAUUCUCGAAAAACUAAAACGCGGUGACUCUAUUCUUGCGGAUAGAGGGUUCGACAUAAGCGAUUUAGUAGAAACCAAAGGCGUCACUCUGAACAUACCUCCUUUUUUGAAAGGAAGAAAGCAGUUUAGCCAUUACGAGGUUAUGAAAACAAGAAUCAUUGCGAAUCGAAGAAUUUUGAUUGAGAACGUAAAUGGUCGAGCAAAAAAAAAUAAAAUUUUAGUCGAUCCGAUGCCUGAAUGCCUUUGGCCGCUUGCUAAUAAAAUUGUUUACAUCUGUUUCAGUUUGAUUAAUCUCUACAAUCCGCUCGCAAAGUAAAUGAUCAAUUUUUGUGAAGAUUUGUUUAAGUUGAAAAUAAAGUCACAUCUACGGUUCUGAA